UAUUUUCUCUCGGCGGGCGGAGGAGGAGGAAGAGGUCGCUUCAGCGGGGGACACCGAAGGACGCCAGCCGUCGCUACGAGGAACCAUCCAGCGUACAUCAGCCAGCGACUGACAGUUAUGGCGACCAUUGUGAUGGAGAGAAUUGGCCGAGUGUUCAUCAGCCUGCAGCAGAUCAGGCAGGUUCCCCGGAUGCUGACUGAGGCCGCACCCUCCAUGCCGGGCACCAUAAGAGACACUGAGGUUCCCUCCUACUUCAGGGAGCGCUAUAUCUCCACGGGCUACCGACCGCUCAACCAAAACUGGCGCUACUACCUCCUGUCCAUGUUCCAGCGCCACAAUGAGACCCUCAACAUCUGGACUCACCUGCUGGCGUUUUUAAUUUUUCUGGUUAAAUUGCGCCAGCUCGCUGAGACUGUGGACUUUGUUAGUGAUCCUCAUUCGUGGCCCCUGUUGAUUCUCAUCCUGUCCUCUUUGAACUACACGGCAUUCAGUGUAGCAGCUCACCUAUUGGGUGGCAAGUCUGAGCUGUGUCACUACACUUUCUUCUUUCUGGACUAUGUUGGGGUAGCACAGUACCAGUACGGCAGUGCUAUAGUUCACUUUUACUAUGCUGUUGAUGAGAGCUUGCACAGACACGUGCAUGGGAUCUUCAUGCCCACUGCCACUGUUCUCAGCUGUCUUUCAUGCUUGGGGUGCUGCUAUGGCAAAUACUGCAACCACAGCCUACCAACGUGGGUGCGUAAGGUGUGCCAGGUGGUGCCCUCAGCGCUCGCCUAUUUCUGGGAUAGCAGUCCUGUGGCUAAGAGACUUUUAUCCUGGUCAACAGCCAGCGAUGACCCAGCCAUUUUCUAUCACUACGGCCAGGUGGCUUUCUUUCUCAGCUGUUCCUUCUUCUUUACCUUCCCCCUGCUAGAGCGCUUUUUCCCUGGACGGUGCGAUUUUGUUGGUCAGAGUCAUCAGAUGUUCCAUAUUUUUCUAUCUUGCUGCACCCUGUGUCAGAUUCAUGCCUCCCACCUUGACUUCGUGGGCCGUAGAAAGCUGUACACGAGUCUGCACUACAGUGGUGAGGUUGCUGUCUUUGUGGGGCUCUAUGUGGUCACUUUGGUUGUAUGUGUGCUAAUUGGUGCCUUCAUGCUGAGGAAAGUUAAACAAGUGCUUGACCUCAAAACCAAGUCCACAUAAUAAAUUCAGUGUCGUAGGAACUAUGUGCAAAAGCAUUUAUGUGCCUUUACUUCCAGACACUGCUUUGAUAGAAAGGGACCUAUUUUUGCUGCAGGCUUGUAAAUGUAAAUGCCUGCAGAUUAAAUGAGGGAUACAUAAUGUUAUUAGGAGAUAGUAUUUUGAUACUCACCUGUAUUAGAAUUUUUGGAAUAAUUCCGAAAACCAGAAUUUUUCAUGUAUUAGCAAAGGAUGGUGCUUUUUGAAAAAGUGAAAAUAAUCAAAUUCAGAUUCUCACAAUUUACAAAGACUGUCCAAAAGUGGAUAUCACUGCCUACAUUAUACAGCCAAUCAAAAGAGUCACGUUGUUGGGAUUUUUUUUAAAAUUCUUAUCCUACAAUACUGUGAUGACAUGGAAUAGCAUCUUGAAUGUGCAAAUAUUUAUUUUGAAUAUUUUGAAAAUGACUCCCUCGAGGUUUUGUUAUUUAUAUUUUGGCCAUAUUUCACCUAGACAAAUUGAUUGUUGGAUUGAUUUGGAUGAUUUUUGUUGGAUGAUGAUUAUUGAAAUGAUUUAAAGGUUAUACACUGAGUGGCGGCAUUCCUCCUAUGCAAAAAACUACUUCAUAAUUGAGGUACAGAUAGUAACAUAAACAAUCUACCAUUUUACAGUGUAAUGUUACAAUGUUAAUAUUACAACACACAGGGGCCUUUGUCAUUGUGCCUUGAGAGCCCAUGAUUGCAAUUUGAAUGUUCAAUUUAGCAUAAAGUUGGUACUGAUUGAGUAUUUUAUUAAAAAUGUUCUGUAAUAUACUGUUCUCAACCCCUAAAUGCCAUCAGAUAAUGGCGUAGUGUGUAGAUUCUACAGAAACUAAAGCUUUAGGAUUUAAGUUGCCAUCAUGUGAAAAGAUGUUUUACACUGACAGUCUGAGAUUUAAACCUUUUUUAUGUUGUUGUUGUGCUAGUUUGAUUUCAUAGCACUUUUAGAUAUACGGUAAUUUAAUGUACUGUCCCUCGACUAUAUUUGAUACAGCUGGAUAUUUCAUGAGCGAUUUAAUAUGUAAUGAAAGUCUUAACCUUUUGAAUAUAUCUUAUUGUAGACAUGCAGUAUAUAUAUGUAGACUGUUUUGUAUUAUGUCCUGUAUAUUAGGGUGUCAGCAAUCACUGUAUUGUGUCCUAUUGGAAAUCCGGUUUGUGGCUUUUGAGUCAUUAGGGGAAAGUGACUGUGGGUGUUACAUAAGUGUACUAAUCAAAGAUAAAGGUACCAUGAUAAUGUAUGUCUUUGGGAAAUAAUAAUGCCUACUACUGACCAGAAUGUAAAAACGGCUGGAUAGAGUUAAAUAAACAUUCCUUGGAGGACGAACUAAUCUUAACGAUUCUGUUAAACUACAAUUUCUUUCAUGACUUUCUUAAGAGUUUCAUGUGUGCUACACUGACUAAUGAUGUGACAUCUCGUCUCCUGACGUCUUGCCAGUCGCCCUGUCAAAUCCCCUUGUUACUCGAGUAUAUUGGCCUUACGCACUGUGCAAGGAACAACAUGCUUGUUACCUUUAUAGAUAUCUUUAAAAUAUAAGAUGCUUAUAGCCUACCUCCAGGCCAAUAGAAUAAAAUGUAGUUACCGAAUGGUAUCUUCAAUGAGGUAAUUACAACAAUCAUAAGUGAAAGUAAAACCUCACAUGUAUAUUGUCUGAUGUAAUAUCAUGCUCUGCCUGUGAAUAAUGUCUGAUUAACUGAAAAUCGAAAUGGGAAUAGAGUCCUUCCUUAUUGUGCCUGUUUUUGUGUUGUUAUGAAACUUGCAGAUAUUUUUUUCUUGAUGUCCAAUUAUUUUCUUGACAUUAUGUUAAAUCUGUAGGCUUUUGUCAGUUUUUCUUGUUAUUGCCAAAUGAAAUUAAAG